AUGGUCAUGGAUGAUGAAGUACCAGGAGCUGUUGGGACAAGUGCUAGUUUUGCUUUGAGAUUUGGGCAGACCAUCUUCUCUGCUGCUUCUCUUUUGUUCAUGUCUUUAGGAGUUGAGUUCCACAACUAUACUGCCUUCUGCUUCUUAGUAACAAUCAUGGGUUUGGUCAUCCCGUGGAGCAUUACACUGGCACUGACUGACAUAUACUCUGUUUUGAUUCGUUGCCCCAUUCGUCACCCCGGAAUUCUUCUCUUCAUUGUUUUUGGAGAUUGGGCAUUAUCAUUCCUGACAUUAGCAGCAGCAAGUUCAAUAGCUGGUAUUGUUGAUGUUUUGCAGAGGGCAGAUGAAACAUUUUGUGCUGCUGGAUUAUGCAGUAGAUAUCAGAUAUCUGCUGGAUUAGCUUUCUUGUCAUGGUUCCUAUCCAUGGCUUCAUCUCUUUCCAAUCUUUGGUUUCUUUCUUCUCUCACAAGAUGA